CAACGGAUUAACGUAAACUGCAACAGCUGAACCACCAAAAAUGUCUGUUUUUGUCCGUUGAUUGACGCUAAUAUUUUUUGAGGGUGUGCUGCACAUUUUAAGUUCUACACGCAAUUUUAUUUACAAAAUGUGUUCUUGAUUUGAUAUAUUAGCGCGUACUUCCGUUUUGGUUGCCAUAUCAGCCUCCGCGGCCCACGUUUUUGGUCGAUCUGCUAUCCGUUAGGUGUGUUUACGGAAGCAAAGGGCAAUGGCAUCAUUCAGAAUUCACGAAGAUCAAGAAAACGCUGCUUUGGGGCUCAGGAAGGAUAAUGCGGACGUGUUCUCGGCCUCCCAGCGGCGCGCCCUCGGAGACCUUAGCCAGUUCGCGUGCAACCAAAACCGGAACCUAAAACUGCCUGGGUUGGCGAAUGUUCCUUGCAAAGCUCAGGAUGAGAACAGGACUGUUCGUCAGAUUAACAAUGAGAAGAACAUCGUGCCCCCCGUGGCGCAGUUUCGCGCCUUCAGCGUGUAUGAAGACAACAAGCCGGGGGCCGCGGCAGAGCCAGAUUCCAAGAAACAGACCACCUUCAAGUUCGUCGUGAAGGAGAACAACAAGAAGGAGAACUUGUUCCAGAAUGCGGCCGAGAAUUCCCGCGCCGUCUGCGCCCAGCAAGAGAAGGCGGAUCGACCCAAGGAAACAUCUGUUGUCAGACUGCCCUUACAAGAGAAGAAGAAUGCAGCGAUUGAAUCUCCGAUGUCCGUUGUCCAUGACUCGAGCAUUCUCUCUCAGAUGUCAAUAUCUAAGAAUGAAAGCCAUAUUGUCGAUGAUGAUGACGAGGAAGACACCACCACGGCUCAGACCGACCGGGAGAUGUUCUUCCAUGUUGUUGAGUAUCGGCAGGACAUCUACGAGUACAUGCGGGAGAUUGAGAUAAAGCACCGCGCCAACCCGCGCUACAUGCGCAAGCAGCCGGACAUCACGCACAGCAUGCGCGCCAUCCUCGUGGACUGGCUCGCCGAGGUGUGCGAGGAGUACUCGCAGCAGAGCGAGACGCUGCACCUGGCCGUGUCCUAUGUGGACCGCUUCCUGAGCUAUAUGAGUGUGCUGAGGGCCAAGUUGCAGCUGGUGGGGACGGCUGCUACGUUUAUUGCUGCCAAAUACGAAGAAGUUUACCCUCCCGAAGUGGGCGAGUUCGUGUACAUAACCGACGACACGUACACGAAGCGCGAAGUACUUCGCAUGGAGCACCUGAUCCUGAAGGUGCUGAGCUUCGACCUCUCCACGCCGACCGCGCUCGCCUUCUUGUCGCACUACUGCAUCUCCAAUGGGCUGUCCAAGAAGACGUUCCAUUUGGCUGCGUACAUAGCCGAGCUAUCCCUCCUCGAAGCGGACCCGUACCUGCAAUACAAGCCUUCCAUCAUCGCGGCAUCAUCACUCGCCACCGCUCGCCACUGCCUGCUCUGCCGCCACUGCGACCCAGAAGCCACGUCCGACCUGCCAGAGACCAGGCUGCCUCUGCCGGAGUGUAUAGCCGUGGCAUGGCCGCCGGCGCUAGAGCGGUGCUCGGGCUACGAGGCUGCUGAUCUCCAGGCUUGCAUGAAGGAGCUGGCGAGGACGCAUUCUCACGCCCCACUGCAAGCGCACCAGGCGAUACCGGAGAAGUUCAAGAAUAACAAAUUCGAGGGCGUAUCUACCGUGGAGCCGCGUCCCAUGUUCGCGGUGCCCAAGUACACGCCGCCCGCGCCCGCCGCCAAGCCCGACGCGCGCCCCGCCGAGCCCGCCCGGCCCACCUAGAGACCACAGACUAGGCACAGGAAACAACACGGUAAGAACUAACAACGCAUUCCUGACUAGAUGUACGCGAAGCGAACGGAUUAAUUAAGGAUCGAUAUUAUUGUUGUUGAAUUUUAUCUGUUGAAGCUCUAAUUUGAUGAAAAUAGGACUGAUAAUCUCACUAAGUAUCAUUCAGUAUCCAAAUCAAACGCUCAAUUUGAAGACAAUAAUUAGAUAUUAAUCUGUAUGUUUGUUAAACUUACGUAGGUUACGUCAAGUAGGAAUGUUAGUGUGAAUUGUUGAACUAUUUAGUUUUAGUGAAUAACAAUUUCCCCGCGGAAAUGAAGCAGACACAAUGUGCCAACGUGUCUGAUUGUGACAAGUGAGCAAACUAACCAUCAUUUUGUACAGAUUUAUCGUAAUUCAAUUUAGUUUAAAUUUAAAUAAGUUCAGAUAGCUCUGGCGUCGAAUCAUUUUAACUUAUAAGUAACACCUUUGAUGGACCAAAACACAGUGCCUUUUAGAUAAACCCUGCCCUAAUGAUAAUGUUUUUGUAACUUUAUCAAAGGGGUUGAAUAGCAGUUUCAUGAAAUCAUAAUUUUGCCAAAAAACGACGCUACAAAUCAUUCUGUCAUGCCGGUGAGCGUUCAUUUUGAAAUCUGCAAAUCAAAAACUGCUUAACAUUUCAAAAUCCAUAGUGUGUAGAUAAAAUUGUGAUUUGUAAUUUUUAAGUGGACCAACACUUGAUGAAAUUUAAUGUGAUUCAUUAAAGUAAUUUGUAUUUAGUUAAACAAAUAUUGGUACUGAACAUUAGAAAAUUAAAAUAAUUAGGCAACAAACGAACAACGCUACCUCUGUGCGAGCUCAUUCGUCGAUAACUUGCGAAAUGGCAGUUAACUUACGCUUUUUUACUUAUUCGUAGGAAUGAGACUCUAUCCAAAUACUUUACUGUGAAGUAACACUUGGUGGAUUGAUACACUUCAAGUAUAUUUGUUAGUAAAUUAUUAUUUUUGAGAUAUAAGGUAUGUUUUUAAUGUUGGUAAGUAGUUUUUAAUGUAAUUUAAUAUAAUAUUAUCAUUAUUUUGUCACCAUUUUUGUGAAUGGAGGGUAAGUAUGUACCUAUAUUAAUAAUAUAUUGAAAGUGAAAUAA